AUGGGUGUUCUACCGACUUGUGCAAAGAUUGGUAGACUUUUCUUGGACAGGGCAGCUCAUGGAGGUGAAGACACUCGCAAUAGCUUCACUGAUCACCUCCACAAAGCUCUGAAAGACAAUGAAAUUCACACCUUCAGAGACGACGAUGAACUCAGCACAGGAGAAGAGAUCGGUCCAGAGCUUCUCGCCGCAAUCCAGCAAUCGACGAUCGCGAUCCCGAUCUUCUCCAAAGGCUAUGCUUCUAGCAAAUGGUGCCUUAUUGAGAUCGCCAUGAUAGCAGAGUGCAAGAAGAAGGGGCAAAUUGUGUUGCCGAUUUUCUACAGAAUGGAACCAUCGGAUCAAGGAGCUCCCACGAUUUAG